AUCGUUUGCCUACACGCAACAGAUCAAUAAGGAAACCAAAUACACAUCGAUCGAGAGAAGCACGCUUUAUGUUUAGUUCUUAGAUCGUCAAGUAUUGGAUUUCUUAUGGCACUGGUCUGAUAUUAAGGUUCUCCUCCAGCCUGGACUAGUUGGCUUGACGCAAUUGAAGCUUUUAAUAACAUGGAAAAUUUUAAAUCAAUCCGGUCUAUAGGAUUCCGUAACCCGUGUGUCAGACUAGGAUGAGACUAAUUGGAUGCUAGCGUGGUACCCCGACAUGGGUAAGAUUUACAGUAUGUUGUCGAUGACCAAAGUACUCUGAUCAGCUGCCCCCUCAACAUGGUUCGUUGGGAUCUAACCCUCGUGUUCUGUGCCUCGGGAUUUCACAUCUUUCUGGGUCUUUUAAGUGUUUGUGUCGGCGUCAUUCUCAGUAUUCAGGCAGAGGUCUGGUUGGCCCACAGUGUGUCGCCGAUAUGGAGCGGUGGUAUUUUUUUCAUAACAGGACUUGUUGGAGUUCUUUGUGCCAAAAGAAAAACGUCAUAUGUGAUAAUGUGUUUUAUUGCUAUAUCAGCCGUUUCUAUGGUGACGACAUUUGUCAGUUUCCAACUUUUGAGAGUUGGUCUGCAGAAUCAUGCCACUGACGGAAGUACGUUUCAGAAGGAGGAAAAGGACCCCCUGAUAUUGAUAGCUUUGGGGACCGCUGGGGUCGAGUGUCUGACCUGUAUUCUCUCAAUCCUCCUCAGCUGUCGUGUGGCCAAAAUAGCCAAAGAGGAAAUGUGCCAGCAACGAGAGGGAAUGUUCCACAUUAAGGAAGAUGGUUCUUCUUUUGCGUUUACAAAUAUCCCGGACAACUUCAGUAGUCUGGAUGAGAACAGUAUCUACAGGUCCACAGAAGCACCAGAACUGACUGGCUCUAAUCCGUCCAAUUUAUACAAAGCCAGGGGAAUCCUGUACGAGAUUCAUGAACAGCAUUCAUGUACAACAACGGAGGAAGACAACUGCAGAUCCAGUCCGGUGUCUAUACCAGUGAUCAAAAUAAAUAUGCCUUCAGAAAGCGUAGCUUCACAUUGUGAUAAUGAGACAGGAGACGAAGGGUUGAAUUUCUGAACAAAAAUAAAUCGUUCAUAAUUCUU